UAGUUCUCUCAACUGUGCCCUAAAACUGGAUUCUUUCUUCAAUCAAUGGUGAGUAUCGCAAUCUCCAAUCCCUUAUAUCUAUUUCGCUCUUCGUCGAUAAAUGCGGAUUACAUAACUCCAAUUUCGAUCCAAUCCAAAACUACUGUUGUUUACUUCAGAAUUCGUGUUUAAUUAAUUUAGCCGCUAAUUUGAUGGAUUAUGCAUAGACAAACUGUAGAUUAGGUUAAACUGCUCUAGACUUGGUUUUCACCUUCAUCUGAAUCAUGAUUUGCUUCUUUGAAUCGUGUAUAUAAUUUCUCCCUAUAAUUUUCACCUUCAUCUGAAUAUGUUCUUAGACCAAGGAAGAACCGUCUUCAAAGCCCUUCAAGAAUGCAGGCGUUCACCAAACUUCAAAACUGUUUAUCAAAUUCAUGGUAGGAUCACUAAACUUGGUUAUGGAAUCUACUCCUCAAUCAUAUCAUCUCUCAUAUCAUCAUAUCUAUGUUGCGAUCAAUCCAAACUUGCCUCUCAACUUCUCAACGAGUUUCCUCAUCAAAGAUUUGAUCUCGUCUCUUCUAAUAUGCUCAUCUCUAAUUUCAUGACAAUUAGGGACGUCGAUACUGCAAACAGAUUGUUCAACAACAUGGCGAUUCGCGAUACAGUCUCCUGGAACUCUAUGAUCGGCGGUUUUGUGAAAAUCGCUCGCUAUAAUGAAGCCAUUCAAGUUUUCUUCCAUAUGUUGAGUUCAAAUGUAAAUCCUGAUGGUUAUACAUUCGCAUCCUCGAUUACUGCUUGCGCUCGAAUCGGAGCUCUCGAUCAUGGCGAGAGGAUUCACGGAAUUUUUAUCGAGAAAAAGAUUGAUCUCAACCACAUUCUAUCGUCUGCCCUCAUUGACAUGUAUUCAAAAUGCGGAAGAAUUCAUGUGGCGAAAGAAGUUUUCGAUAAUUCAUUGAAGAACGAUGUAUCUGUGUGGAAUGCGAUGAUCACCGCGUAUGCAACUCACGGGCUUGGUUAUGAAGCAAUCGGUGUUUUCUCACGUAUGGAGAUAGAACCUGAUUCGAUAACCUUUAUCGGGGUUUUAACAGCUUGUAGUCAUUCGGGGCUGGUCGAGGAGGGUCGUGAGUAUUUCGCGACGAUGAAUUGCUCUUACUCGAUCGAGCCGAGUAUUCAUCAUUAUGGGGCGAUGGUUGAUUUGUUGGGUCGAGCGGGGUUUAUAGACGAGGCUUAUGGGAUGAUUCAACGGAUGCCGAUGAAGCCUGAUUCUGUAAUUUGGCGAGCGCUUCUCAGUGCCUGCACUAAUUAUAAAAACACUGAACUGGGUGAAAUUGCAGUAUCAAAAAUAUCGGAUCUUGACAGUGGAGAUUACGUUUUGUUGGCGAAUAUCUAUUGCGGUAUAAGAAAAUGGGAAGGAGCGGAGAAAUUGAGGAACACAAUGAAGAGGAACGGAGUAAGGAAAGUGCGAGGGAAGAGUUGGAUUGAGAUUGGGAGUUUUAUACAUCAGUUUAAAGCGGGAGAUCGAAUCGAUAGAGAUACGGAGAAAGUAUUGGGAGGAUUGAUUAAGAGGAUGAAGAUGGAAGGAUUUGUUGCGAGUUCGGAAAUGGUGUUGAUGGAUGUAUGCGAUGAGGAAAAAGAAGAGAAUUUGAAUAUGCAUAGCGAGAAGUUGGCAUUGGCGUUUGGAAUAAUGAAGACAAGUCCUGGAAGUGAGAUUAUGAUUUCGAAGAAUAUAAGAACUUGUUUGGAUUGUCAUCGAUGGAUGAAAAUGAUUUCGGCUGUGUUGAAUAGGACGGUUAUUGUUAGGGAUAGGGUUCGGUUUCAUCGGUUUGAAAGUGGUGUAUGUAGUUGCGGAGAUUAUUGGUAGUAGUUGGUUAGAAGUUAGAUCCAAUGUUUCUCAUCCGCCCUUGAUUUGGAUGAGCAAGAUAACUGAUCAUGAAAUUGUCAAGUCCUCAAGGCCACAAGAAACGCUUGCUGAGCAUCAAGAAGAGCUCGAACUCUCAACACUAUGCCACGGUGAUGUCUGCGUCGUCUCUUCCUCUGAUCAGAAGUCGAGAUUUGGUCGCCGCCCAGGUGCUGGCAACUGGAUAAUGUUUAACUUGGAAGUUGUAUAUAUAGACCAUAUUAUAACUUGAAGCUAGAUGGAACGAAGCUUAAAUUUCCUUUUUCUCUUAUGUUUGAUCACUGUUUUUGUUUAGCCUUGAUAUUAUUGUACUGAAAUCAUUCUAGUAUUUUCUACUGAAUCAUAUAAUUAACAA